AUGGGAGUACCAACAUUCUUUAGAUGGCUCACUCUCCGCUACCCUAAAUGCGUAGUGGACGCUAACGACUCCAGCUUAGCCCAUGACCUUCCCCAAUUCGACUGUUUGUACUUGGACUUGAACGGGAUCAUUCACCCUUGCUGCCAUCCUGAAGGUAAACAGCCUGAGUCAGAGUUUGACAUCUUUCAGAACAUUUUUGUGUACAUUGAGGACCUCACAAGGCUCGUCAAACCGAAAAAACUGAUUUAUAUGGCCAUUGAUGGGGUUGCGCCAAGAGCCAAAAUGAAUCAGCAAAGGGCCAGGUUAGAUUAGUUUUAGUUAGAAUGGGUCUUCGUGGCUUAUUUCAGCCCCUCUCCACCUUGCCAGCUUCAGGCUCCUCGCCUUAGCACUAGCGCCAUUUUCUGUCGACGUUCCAAAAAGUGGUGAUCUCAGCAACUCUUGGGGAGACGCAGCUUCUUAGACAACUCCUAACGGUCAGUGUCAUCUUCCCGGAGAUGGGAGAUAGGAGGCACCUCGAUUCAUCUUUCCAAUCCCAUAUACAUAAAAAUGGUGACGACAGACCACCCGACCUCCUCGACCCUAUUUCCUCAACAGCAGCAGGCAACGGCCCAGUGUUGCGGAUUUAGGUGGAAAGGGGCCGGUAAUCCUUUAUGUAUUAUCGGGCUGGGUUUUCUUUGGGCCCGAGGAGCUAAUUCUCGGACUUGAAGUUUUUCCUCCAGGACAACCAUUGGAAAGGGCAAGGUCGGCCAUUGUCUGAAGGGCAAUAUGACCCUCAGACCCUGCAGACGGUAUUUGCCCAACGAGAAACUGGGAGUUUCGACCCAGGUGGUUGGCCCUUAGACUCCAGAAGCCAUGGAAGUCAAGACUGGUCGCGCGAAUCCCUUGCUUGAGGCAACAAGGAGGGUGUCCGCCGAGGCUCCUCAGGGGCGAUGAGCGUGUAGGGGUGCGAAUCCGCGGCCCUGCAAGGCAAACGGCAUAAUCUAAUCUAAUCUAAUCUUUCCAAUCCCCAUUAAACCUUCACAUCCAAAAGCAUGGAGUUGUCUUGCGUACUCUGUUCUACUUGUCUUUGUGUCGGUAAAGAGCCCCUGUCGUGGAGUCCCGACCAGGAGUAAAAGCCACCCGGACACAAAGUUUCAGGUCCCAUCCCUCUUAACCCCCAAAAAACUUUGAGGGUAUGGGAAAAGGACGGGUCGGAUAAUUCACCACUUAUUUGCAUGCAAAGAGCCAGAAGAUUCAGAAAAGUUUUAGACGAAAAAGAAAAAGUGUCAUCUGCGAAUCAUGAAGAAGCAAAAGAAAGCUCAGGUUUUAAGUUUGACACAAAUGAAAUCACCCCUGGCACACCUUUCAUGGAAAGACUGGCUGAAGCCUUGCACGGGUUCGUGAUGAGAAAGCUAGAGGGAGAUUGGAAACAUCUGAAUAUCAUUUUUUCUGACUCAAAUAACCCAGGAGAAGGGGAGCAUAAGAUUCUUGAAUUUAUCAGGACACAGAGAGCGCAGCCGGACCAUAACCCGAAUAUAAAGCAUGUCAUAUACGGAGCCGACGCUGAUCUGAUCAUGCUUUCCUUGGUAACUCAUGAAGCUCACUUUUACAUCAUCAGAGAAAAUGUGAUGGACUACAGAAAAGUGUUUUGCAAGAUCUGCGGCCAGCCUGGCCAUUUUGAGUAUGAUUGCAAAGGCUCAGCACGCAUGAGGGUGGACGAAAAUGAUACCCUGCAGCCUGUCAUCGCAUCUGCAAAGUUCCAAUUUAUAAGACUUCCUGUGCUUCGGCAAUAUCUUUAUUAUGAAUUUCAAGAGCUUUGUAGGUACCCUAUAUACGAUUUUGAAAGGGUUUUGGACGAUUUUAUUUUCUUGUGCUUUUUCGUGGGGAACGAUUUUCUCCCACAUUUGCCAUCUCUGCAGAUCCGAGACGGCGCCAUUGAUGGGCUUAUCUAUCUCUAUUGCAAAAUCUUUUACAAACUAGGGGGCUAUUUGACAGAAAAUGGGAAAGUUGUGCUUUAUAGGGUCGAUAUUUUAUUUGCAGAAAUUGCAAAGGUGGAGGAUGAGUAUUUUAAACAAAAAUCAGAAAGAGAAGAAUAUAUGAAAAAGAGAAACCAACAGAAUGCGCCAAGGAAAAGGAAAGCUGAGGACGCUAGUGAAGAAGAUAAAAAUAGCAUGGCAGCUCAAAAGCUAUUGGAGGAAAUGGAAGAGGAGGAUGCUGUUGUUGACAAUAUCAGGCUAGGAGAAGAAGGGUGGAGGUUGAGGUAUUAUCAAGAGAAAUUUGAGGUCAGCCCUGAAGAGUUUGAAAGUUUUAGACAGAAAAUACAUAAAAGCUACAUGGAAGGAAUUUCCUGGGUUUUCCAAUAUUACUAUGAUGGCUGCCCAUCAUGGGGGUGGUACUAUCCCUUCCAUUACGCUCCAUUUGCCUCUGAUUUAUAUAACUCUCAUUUGAUAAAAAUUGAGUUCAUACAAGGAUCGCCAUUUCAACCAUAUGCACAACUAUUAGCUGUUCUGCCCCCUGCCAGUGCUAAAGCUCUUCCAGAGCCAAUUCGGCCACUUUUGCUUGAUCCCAACUCAGAAAUCAUUGACUUUUACCCAGACUCCUUUAAAUUCGAUAUAAAUGGCAAAAGGUUUGCAUGGCAAGGAGUUGUUUUAUUGCCAUUUAUUGAUGAGAAACGACUUUUAGCUGCAUUAGAGCCUAAGCUGAGCUUACUGAAUGCUCAAGACACAUUAAGAAACACUUUUGGUGACACACUGCUGUACACUCCAAAACUCCAUCCCGAGUUUACCUUAAUUUACACAGGGACAGCUCCCAAAUUCUCUGAGCGAUACCAAGUCCCAGUUGGCUCAAACGUUUUGCUUUAUGUCGUCACAAACCCUCCUAAGAGGCCUCAUUCCUCUCAAAGACUGCCUGGAGUUGUUGAAAGCAACCCAGAAGUGGACGAGCACGUAUUUAGAUGUGGAGAUCGGAGACAGUUUGGAGGAUUUACCCUUAUCAAUUUAGUCAGCAGGAACCUGACACAAGAUGUUUACUCCCAGUCAUGGAAGCAGCAAAGAGCUGAUCCGUUUGCAAAUGUAAACGCGUCUUAUAACAAUAAUAGAGGAGUAUCGAUGCCUGUGCAAGAGAAGAAGGUGCAAGAGCAGGUUCCUGCUCCUGUGAAGGGAGAUUUAGUAGCGAAUUUGAAGAGACUUGUAGAGCUGUUAGCACAAAAGAAAACGAGUGAGUAG